ACAACUAACCCUGACGUGUACAUUGCUUCGAUCGAGGGGAUGUGAUAAAUAUGAACGAAUCAGUAUGAAUGGAGUUCGGCGACUAUUUUUAAACUUUUAAACAAAACGCAGCCAAAAGAUGCUUUUCUGAUGCUUCAAGUCUUUGAUGAGGUAUCGUUUCUACUGGAGGAAAUCAUAUGCCACGAAGAAUUUUGUGUCCGUGGACAAACUUUCCCGUGUCAUUCAACUUGAAAAUGACAUUCUGGCAAGCAGAAAAUGAGAUACAGAACCCCCAAAAAACGGAACAUCAUAGAAGACACUACCUUCUCAUUGCCAUUGUAGUUGUAUUUAUUAUUAUCCUUAUGAUAACGAUGGAUAUUCGCAAGGAUAGAUCACGUCAUAAAUUUUCUGUUGUAUCCAAUCACGAGGAAUGGAUUCACGAUUCCAAUUCCAAAUUUCACUAUGGCAUAGUUCUUGACUGUGGUAGUAGCGGAAGUAGAGUAUUUAUUUAUUAUUGGCCAGAUCAUAAUGGUAACCCAGAACAUUUAUUGAAUAUUAAACAGAUGAUUGAUAGAGAUGGUAAACCUGUACGAAUGAAAGUUCGACCAGGUCUAUCAACUUAUGAAGACAAACCUGAGAACUCUUCAAGCUAUAUCGCGCCAUUGUUAAGACACGCAGCUAAUCACAUUCCAAAGUCCAAGCAUUCUGAGACACCGUUGUAUAUUCUAGCUACAGCUGGAAUGAGACUGCUUUCAAAACAAAAACAGGAUGCUAUCAUUAACAACCUUGUCACAGAAAUACCAAAAAAAUUUCUUUUUCUCUUUUCUUCCUCGCAAGUUGAAGUUAUAACAGGCAAACAGGAAGGUAUAUACGCUUGGAUAACUAUAAACUAUGUGCUUGGACGGUUCGACCAUUCAGAAGCUUCCCAUCAUUCUGAAAAUACAAGCGAUCUUAAAGAAAGGAAGAAAACUGUUGGCUCUCUCGACAUGGGUGGCGCAUCUACGCAAAUCACCUUCGAAGUACCUGAAACCGUAAAACUUCCCGCCGGUUUAAAAACGGAAGUUAAUCUUGGCUGUGAUUCCCAUAUGACUGUACAUAAAUACAUAUUGUACGUUUCAACAUUUUUGGGUUUCGGUGCAACGACUGCUCGCAGUCGCUAUCUUGAUAUGAUUUUUACAAAGAAGAACCAUUCCCUUCCCAGCCAUUCCCGGAUACAUCUUGAUCCAUGUCUACCCUCAGAUAUCCGCAUCAAAGGAUCACACAAAGGUGUCAACUACCGUAUGAAAGGUUUGGGAAAUUUUGAUGUCUGUCGUAAUCAGCUCACUCCGUUGUUGAACAAUUCGGAACCUUGUGAAAAUCCCCCUUGCUCUUUGAACGGUGUCUAUCAACCACAGAUAUCAUUUAAUUCCACGGAUUUUUAUGGCUUUUCUGAGUUCUGGUAUUCGGUCAACGAUGUUCUUCGUUUGCCUGGUGUAUACGAUGCAAGAAAGUUUGAUGCUGCUUCUAAGGAAUUUUGUAAAACGAAGUGGCCAGUGCUGCAUAAACGGUUCCAAAGUCGUUUGUAUCCUUUCGCUGACGAACAUCGAUUCAUGUACCAAUGCUUUAAAUCCGCAUGGAUGACCACCGUUUUACAUGAUGGUUUUGGGUUUCCUCGAUAUUACCGUCGACUUCAUCCAACAUUUAUGAUUGAUGGUAAAGAGAUCCAGUGGACGCUUGGUGCUAUUUUAUACCGAACACGAUUUUUGCCACUGAGGGAGAUGCAAGCGAGCACAAAAGGGAUUUUAAACCCUCGUCUAUCCUUCAUUGUCCUCGGUGAUUCGGCAUUUAAAGUCGUUCUGUUCCUUUGUUCUCUCGUUGUCCUGUUUUCCAUAUACGUCAUUUUCGCCAAACCGAGACUUGCUAUGCCAUCCUUCAAACGGUUUUUAUCAAAUAACUCAUCAUCAAAUAUGGUGAGCGAAACUCCUAACUAUCCAACAGAUGUCAGGAUAUCACUGUAGAAAUGAAAUUUAUGAAUGUUAUUGGGAGAUUCAAUGCAUGGAUUAGGUAGAGUUGUACGCCUUGUCCUUGUCUUAAACCAUAAGCAAGUAGCGUGCAUUCAAGCUGGGUACCAGUCCUUUUUCAUAUUUUGCACAAUACGCAGGUAUGAUAUUUUGUUCUCGGUCGCCCAAAGUUUAUCAAUUGAAACUUUCAAUCGUCGAAAUCUUUAUAAUGAAGAUUAUAUUUCUCCAUACGAAAAGAACACUAAAAUUUAUCUUUAUUUUCAAAAUAUUCUCUUUUCAACGAGUGAAAAUAAUUCACCAAGUCAACGCCAAAGACCACAGAGAUAAACACAGAAUCUAUGUAGGGAAUAAAUUUAUUUCAUUAUUAAAAAAUUCGCGUCAAAACUUGCAUAAACUAAGUUUA